CACGCGCAGAUGGCCUAACCUUUUUCAGUUCAGCUCAGUGCUAUGCCUUCUGCCUCUGCCCUUGUCCACUCCUCCAAUAGAGAUAACAUGUCACCGCUGUGGAGCAUUUCCCACCUUACUUCAUUCGCUAUUGGUCGGAGUGAUGUCCCGUGCAGUGCUGCCUUUCUAUACACACCACUAGUUUGUAGCAAGUCUAUGUGCUAUAAACCAGCAAUCUUCUACCACGUCAUCUUAUAGGCUCCAUUAGCUUGGUAUUGCAAGCCUGACAUGUCUUACUCACUGUUCAAUACUCAAAGCCAUUAAAUUAUUAUUCUUUGAGCUUGUCAUUGACCCUCAUCUAUCAAAUAUGUAAAUUUUUCAACACCCCGGCUUCUUUGCUAGUUGUAUUUGACCCUUGAAUGGCAACCAAAGACUCUCUGUAUGAUCCACACUUUGUCCUUGAUAACGCAGUAUCGAAUAUUAUUUGUUUCAUUGUGUUUGGACGACGAUAUGACUAUGAUGAGACAGUGUUUAGAAAUAUUCUUAACCUGGUCCAUGAACAUAUGAAAAAUGCAACUGGUUUUUGGGCCCAGCUCUACAAUGCAUUUGGAUUUGUCCAAUACCUCCCUCUACCACACAAAAAGAUCUUCCGAAAUGUUAAAAUUGUUUUCGGAUUCCUUGGUGAGGUUUUAGAAGAACACAAGAGAACCAGGGUGCCAGGGCAACCUCGAGACUACAUUGACUGUUACCUAGAAGAAAUGGAUAAGGACCAAGAUGGCCGCAAUUCAAGCUUUGAUGCUGAGAAUCUUUUUACUUGCAUGGUAGAUCUGUUUGUUGCUGGAACAGAAACCACAUCGAGUACUUUAGAGUGGAGUUUGCUUUAUAUGAUGAUGAAUCCAGACAUUCAAGAGAAAUGUCGUGAAGAAAUAGAUAAAAUCCGAGGAGACAGGGAACAUCUGAACUAUGAGGACAGACUAGAGAUGCCAUACACACAAGCUGUACUGCAAGAAGUCCAGCGCUUUGCUUCAGUAGUGCCACUGGGAGUCGUCCAUGCACCUAUUAAAGACAUGCAGCUAAAUGGCUAUACCAUUCCAAAGGGAACAUUUGUCAUCACAGAUCUGUCCUCGCUGCACUAUGAUGAAAGCCAGUGGAAGUAUCCCCAUGAGUUUAAUCCUGAGAACUUCCUUGACAAGGAUGGGGAGUUGAAGAAAGUCGAUUCUUUUCUACCAUUCUCAGCAGGACCCAGAGUUUGUCUUGGAGAGAAUCUUGCCCGCAUGGAAAUCUUUCUGUUCUUCACUACUAUGUUGACACACUUUGAAUUCCACCUGCCAAAUCCCCAUUCUCCUCCUGACCUUACACCUGUUUUUGGGAUUUCUCAUGCUCCAAAACGCUUUAAAAUGAAGCUAGUGCCCCGCACCUAAAACGUAUUAUUUCUUUAUGUAGUCACUUAUUAGAAAAUCAUAUGUCUUGUAAAGCCGGGCUAGAAUCUUGUGUUAUUUUGAAUGCUUUAUACGGUUUUUUCAAUCAUCUUCUCUGUCCUAGGAUAAAUUCAUGUCUACAUAGAAUGAAAAGUUGUCCCUGAUUUUACUGUUUUUGCACUAUUUCUAUUGCCCUCUUAUAAAUCUCACCUUGCCUGUCAAAUUGUCCAAUAAAUCUACCUUAUAUGCUAUUAAUGUAACAAGGAAAUAUCUAUACAAGUGCAGUUCAUAACUAAUAAAUAUUGUCAGUGGAAAGGACAGUGUUCUACAGUGGCUUUAGGGAAUAGAGGAAUAAAUAGGCUCACACAAACUUGUGUGUAAAUAAUAAAGUGACUUUAUAUAUUAUACAAGAAGAGAAAAAUGUGUUUAAGUCACGUAAGCCUACAGACUAAAAAUCUGAAUAAGAAAAAGGAGGCAUAAAAGAUUAAAGCCAGUCGUCAAUAAGCCGCAGUUCAGUUCAUAGGGAAUCUGCAAGGAGAAAAAGAGAACAUGUUUAAUCUACAUUUUAUUCUGUAUUUUUAAGAAUUUCUGAAUUCCUCAUGCUUGGUUUCUCUGGAAUAUAAAUGCCAUAGUUAAAGCUGAAAGUUAAAUCUUGCUUGGUUCCAUGGGGGAACUAAAACUUUGCAUUUGUUUUUGAUAUAACCUGAAUAAAUUUGUACCUUCGUUUUACUUUUCUGAGUGCUG